AGCGAGCUCUGGUUGUCCCGCUACACUGGAUUUGACCUCAGCAUCACUCCACCGCGGUCCAUCACUCGAAAUGUGGAUUUAAGGUUUUUUGUUUUUUUUGAGAACAUUUGUAGAAUAAACCGGAUUCUCCACUGGUGGAGUACAAUCUGCAUCAUAUAAGAUCAGGCAAAAGAAGGACCAAUGUGGCCAUUAACAUGCAGCGAUAUAAUAGAAUCAGAAGCAAUAUGGAGCAUCUCUGUUUUAAUCCAGAAAGUCGACUCAAGGGAACAUCAUCAGUAAAGCCCAUCUAGAUAGCAGAAGCAGACCAGUUGUCCACUUCUAAUAUCAAGGCUGUUUGUUUUUUUGGAAUUCAUCCCAGUACCGUUAAACAGGAUUUAGGAUAGCAUGUGUCAAGAACCUCAAUGGCCUCACCUUCUUCAUUCAUAUGGUUAUCAUCUAAAGGAUUUGAUGUUUCUUCAGUGACCUCCUUAUCAUUUGCCAGAAAAUAUAACUGAGGAGUUUUAGUUUGUUCAUUGCACUCUUGUAGCAUAACCACUGGUUACCAUGCCUCCCAUUUGCCGGCCCCAUUGUAUACUAUUACUAUUCAGCACCUUCCUGAGUCUUGGUUUGGGCCUGGAGUUCACAGGUUCAGAGGGUCAGUGGGCGCGCUAUCUUCGCUGGGAUGCCAGCACCAGAAGUGACCUCAGCUUUCAGUUUAAAACAGCUAUAUCAGAUGCACUGGUUCUCUACUUUGACGAUGGAGGAUAUUGUGACUUCCUGCUCCUGAGUAUUGAGGAAGGCAAGCUGAAGUUGCGUUUUAGCGUGGACUGUGCAGAAACCACUAUAACCUCCGACAAGAUGGUAAAUGACAGUCGCUGGCACUUUGCCACCAUCAGCAGGCACAACUUGCAAACCGUGUUGGCGCUGGAUGGAGAGUCAAAGGUGGACGAGGUGAGACCACAAAGGCAGUUCAUGAAGAUUGUCAGUGACCUGUAUCUUGGAGGAGUGCCUCAAGACAUUCGGACAGCUGCCCUAACACUACCAGCGGCUAAGGAGAUGCCACCAUUCAAGGGGAUUAUUACAGACCUGGGCUACGGGAAUCAGGUUCCAACACGCCUGGGGAGCCAAAAUGUCCGGUUAGAGAUGGAAGGCUUGUGUACGGAGAACCCCUGUGAAAAUGGAGGCAGUUGCAGAAUGGCUGACGGUGAAGCUUACUGUGACUGCUCCAAAACAGGAUAUGUAGGUCGUUACUGCAAUGAAGCUGUGAACAAAACCCCUGGGUUCGCGCAUAUGGUGAAGUCUCCGCAAGGCAGAAAUAAAGCACGCGAGGACAAUGUGGCAACAUUCCGGGGUUCAGAAUACUUCUGCUAUGACUUGUCUCAGAAUCCUAUCCAGAGUAGCAGUGAUGAGAUCACUCUGUCCUUCAAAACUUGGCAACGCAACGGUCUCAUCCUCCACACGGGCAAGUCGGCUGACUAUGUUAACCUAGCGCUGAAAGACGGUGCCGUUUCAUUGGUCAUCAACCUGGGCUCAGGAGCCUUCGAGGCUAUCGUUGAGCCUGUCAAUGGAAAGUUCAAUGAUAACGCCUGGCAUGACAUCAAAGUGACACGCAACCUGAGACAGCACUCAGGCAUUGGACACGCUAUGGUGACUAUAUUGGUGGAUGGUAUAUUGACCACCACAGGAUACACGCAGGAGGAUUACACAAUGCUGGGCUCAGAUGAUUUCUUCUAUGUGGGGGGAAGCCCAAGCACUGCCGACCUGCCUGGAUCUCCCGUCAGCAAUAAUUUCAUGGGCUGCCUGAAAGAGGUGGUCUACAAAAACAACGACAUACGACUGGAACUCUCUCGCCUGGCCCGCAUCGCAGACCCCAAAAUGAAGCUACAAGGGGACGUGGUGUUUAAAUGUGAGAAUGUCCCCACCCUAGACCCUAUCUCUUUUGAGACACCAGAAUCCUUCCUCAGCCUGCCCAAGUGGAACACCAAGCGUGUGGGCUCCAUUUCCUUUGACUUUCGCACCUCAGAGCCCAAUGGACUAAUCCUUUUUACGCAAGGUAAGCCCCAGGACAAGAAAGAUGCUCGUAGCCAGAGGAGCAACAAAGUGGACUUCUUCGCUGUGGAACUUCUAGAUGGAAAUCUCUAUCUUCUGCUGGACAUGGGAUCAGGAACUAUUAAAGUCAAAGCCACACAGAGUAAGGUUAAUGAUGGAGCAUGGCACCAUGUGGACAUCCAGAGAGAUGGAAGAUCAGGUAUCAUCUCUGUGAAUAGCCGUCGGACUCCAUUCACUGCCAGUGGAGAGAAUGAGAUUCUAGACCUGGAGGGUGACCUAUAUCUCGGAGGUCUCCCAGACAACCGUGUCGGCCUGGUCCUUCCCACCGAACUGUGGACCGCUAUGUUGAACUAUGGCUAUGUGGGCUGCAUCCGUGAUCUUUUCAUAGACGGUCGCAGUAAAGACAUUCGCCAGAUCGCAGAGGCACAGAAUGGAGUUGGAAUCAAGUCAUCCUGCAGCAAAGUAACAGGCAAACAGUGUGACAGCAACCCCUGCAAAAACAACGGCGUUUGCAAAGAGGGCUGGAAUCGCUUCAUCUGUGACUGUACCGGUACCGGAUACUGGGAUCGAACCUGUGAGAGAGAGGCAUCUAUCCUAAGCUACGAUGGCAGUAUGUAUAUGAAGGUGGUGAUGCCAACGGUAAUACAUACAGAAGCAGAGGAUGUGUCUCUGAGGUUUAUGUCCCAGCGUGCCUUUGGCCUGUUGAUGGCUGCCACAUCACGUGAGUCUGCAGACACACUACGACUAGAACUGGACAGCGGCCGUGUCAAACUGACCGUCAAUUUAGACUGUGGCAGGAUAAACUGUAACACCAGUAAAGGACCAGAGACAUUGUACGCUGGCCAGAAAGUGAACGACAAUGAUUGGCACUCAGUCAAAGUGAUGCGGCGUGGUAAAAACCUCAAACUCAUAGUGGAUGAUGAUGUAGCUGAAGGUCAGAUGAAUGGUGACCACACUCGGCUGGAGUUUAGUAACAUUGAGACCGGAAUCCUGACAGAACGUCGGUUUGCCUCCACAGCUCCAUCCAACUUCAUUGGUCACCUGCAAGGCCUAAAGUUCAACAGCCUCCUCUACAUUGACAUGUGCAAGAAUGGGGACAUCGAAUUCUGCGAGCUCAAUGCUCGUUUUGGCAUGCGCUCCAUUGUGGCAGAUCCAGUUACCUUCAAGACCAAAGGAAGCUAUCUGGGUCUUGCUACACUCCAGGCUUAUAGCACCAUGCACCUCUUCUUUCAGUUCAAAACUACCUCGGGUGAUGGAUUCAUUCUCUUCAACAGUGGAGAUGGGAAUGAUUUUAUUGCCGUGGAGCUUGUCAAAGGGUAUAUUCACUAUGUGUUUGACCUGGGAAAUGGACCGAGUCUUCUCAAAGGAAACAGCGACAGUCCUCUUAAUGACAACCAGUGGCACAAUGUGGUGAUCACUCGAGAUGCCAGCAACACACACACACUAAAGGUGGACGCCAAGUCUGUCAGCCAGGUGGUCAACGGAGCGAAAAAUCUGGACCUGAAAGGUGAUCUGUUUGUGGCUGGUUUGGGACCAAACAUGUACCAGAACCUGCCGAAACUGGUGGUGUCUCGUGAGGGUUUCCAGGGCUGCUUAGCUUCCAUGGAUCUCAACGGCCGUCUGCCUGACCUCAUUAAUGAUUCUCUGUUCCGCAGUGGGCAGGUCGAACGUGGCUGUGAAGUUGGUUUCACCAAAGCUGACCUGCAAGGGCCCAGCACUACAUGCCAGGAGGAUUCGUGUGUCAACAUGGGUGUAUGCAUCCAGCAAUGGGAGAACUUCACCUGCGACUGCACCAUGACGUCUUACUCUGGCACCCAGUGCAAUGACCGUGAUCUGUUUGUGGCUGGUUUGGGACCAAACAUGUACCAGAACCUGCCGAAACUGGUGGUGUCUCGUGAGGGUUUCCAGGGCUGCUUAGCUUCCAUGGAUCUCAACGGCCGUCUGCCUGACCUCAUUAAUGAUUCUCUGUUCCGCAGUGGGCAGGUCGAACGUGGCUGUGAAGUUGGUUUCACCAAAGCUGACCUGCAAGGGCCCAGCACUACAUGCCAGGAGGAUUCGUGUGUCAACAUGGGUGUAUGCAUCCAGCAAUGGGAGAACUUCACCUGCGACUGCACCAUGACGUCUUACUCUGGCACCCAGUGCAAUGACCCUGGAGCAACGUAUAUCUUUGGAAAGGGCGGAGGACUUAUCACAUACACAUGGCCCAAUAACGAGAGGCCCAGCACUAGAACCGAUAGAUUGGCGGUGGGCUUCAGCACCACCAUCAAGGAUGGGAUUCUGGUCCGCAUUGACAGCGCCCCCAGACUAGGAGACUACAUCAUGCUCCAUAUCGAAGAAGGAAAGGUGGGCGUAACGUUCAACAUUGGCACAGUGGACAUCAGCGUCAAAGAGCUGAAUACAGAAGUCAACGAUGGAAAAUACCAUGUUGUGCGCUUCACAAGGAAUGGGGGAAACGCCACCUUACAGGUGGACAACUGGCCAAUCAACGAGCACUUUCCAUCAGGCAACAGCGACAAUGAGCGUUAUCAAAUGGCUAAUAAGAAAAUCCCAUUCAAAUAUACCCGGCCGGUCGAAGAUUGGCUACAUGAGAAAGGUCGUCAGCUGACCAUUUUUAACACCCAAGCCACCAUCUCAAUAGGCGGUAAUGACCGCAAGCGACCGUAUCAAGGCCAGCUCUCUGGUCUUUAUUACAAUGGCCUGAAGGUUCUCAACAUGGCAGCUGAAGGUCAUGCUAACAUCAAGAUAAAUGGCAGUGUGAGACUGGUGGGGGAUGUGCCCACCAGCAGAAGCCCCUCACGUACCACCACCUCCAUGCCCCCAGAGAUGUCCACCACCUUCAUCGAGACCACCACCACCCUGUCAACCACCACUACCCGCAAGCAGCGUUCACCACCCACCAUUCAGGUAAGAUCUAUUGAUUUUCUCCAUUUUAUCUCCUUGAACCAAGGGUGCCGACAGGCCCCUCAUCAGCGUACCUCUCCGUUCUUCCCAGAGGUCCACGAUGAGCUCACCAGAUCGUGGCGCGCUCCAUACUCCGCCCGCCUCUGUACUGCUUCUUCAUCCGCCCUCACCUCCAUCAACGGCACUGAAGAAAAGGGGUACCAUAAGCCGCCUCCCCUAGAUGAGUCAGUGGCCGCGCAUCUCUGCCCGCCCACAGCCUUUGGCUGGAGAGCAAAAGCCACUCACCCGUCUAAGCCGUGUAGGACUACUUCAGCUCUCGCUGGACGCGCCUACACCUCAGCUGGACAGGCGGCCGCGGCACUUCAUUCUAUGGCUGUCCUUCAGGUCUUCCAGGCCAAAAUCCUCGCAUCCGCCGAGUCUGGCCUGGACCCCGCUACCCUCAGGGAUCUGAGGAGCUCGACGGACCUGUCUCUACGCCCCACCAAGACCACCACCCAGGCGAUUGGGAGAUCGAUGGCCAGCCUUGUGGUGCCAUUUAUGGCUGACGCUGACGCUCGAUGCGCCUGUCUCCCCCAAGAGCCUUUUGGGCCCAGCGGUCAAAGGGUUUGCUGA